AUUUUUUUGAAGAAGAGGCUCCCCCCACACACUCCAAGUCAAAUGGGAAAGCUUCAUCUGAUAGCCUAAAAACUGGUGGAAAGGCUUCAUCCUUUUCUAAUGGAGAAGGUAGCAAAGGAGGGAAGGCAUUUAGUGCUGGGAAAGGCGGGAAGGGCUCCGCAUCAAAUGCAAAGCCUGCAAUGUCUGAUGCAGAACUAAAGCUUCAGCUUGAUAUGCCUCCAAAUUCUAUAUUGUUAUCGAACUGUGAAGCAGCAGAAAUGUUGCAGAAAAUUCAAGGACAUAUGGCUAUCUUAUCAGAGGAUCCGACUAUAAAAAUUCCCGAGUCGUUUGACAAGGCCUUUCAAUAUGCAAAAGAAGGAAAUCACUUCACCUCUGCGAAGUUGGUGAAAGAAAUCCUGGAACCUCUUAAAGACUAUGGUGUUAAUGAUGGCGAGAUAUGCAUGAUAGCAAACAUUGGGCCUGAGACCAUCGAAGAGGUUUAUGCACUGAUACCGUCUCUCAAGGCUACUAGGUCGAUCAAUGAAGGCAAGAUCGUGGAGGCUCUUGCUGCCCUCGCUAACAUAAAAGCCUCCAAGUGAACCUCAGCUACACAGCUGAUCGGGCAAUGAAGGAUCCGUAACGGGGGUCUCUGUGGUGUAUGGUUGUUCACCGAAAUCGAGCUCUUUCUUUCGAGGGCCGAAAUCAAGUUGUGUGUAUGUAAACCGUGCUGUGCACCUGUGUGCCAGCUCUAGGUCUGGCUGGUUGAACUUUGACUUUUGGAAACUAGCUUGUGUCUAGCUGCCGGUUUAGCUAGUUGUUGAGGUGAUGUACUCUGAAUUGCCAAGUUAUGCCCGAUGGUCUGGCACGCCUGAACGAUGAAUAUUGUUGUUGCGGCCUGUGUGUUUCUGCAUUUGUAGUUUACUUCUCUGUGAA